GUCGGUAGAUGUCGCGGUAGAAAAGCGGCUGCUCUCUCUUCAAAGCUCUCGUUGGCUGUGUGUGUAGCCUGGGGUUGAUGUUGCACAGGGUGCAGGGAGUCUUCUUCUUCUUAUCAAAGCCACUGUUUCACUCUCUGAGGCAGCGUUUUCUCAUACGCCAUUCCCGAAAACUGACCUCCAACAUGUCUUUCCAGUACCCGCAGGCCUGCCGCGACGACGCAGUUGUGGAUGACUACCAUGGCAACAGGGUAGCAGAUCCAUACAGCUGGCUGGAGGACCCGGACAGUGAGAAGACACAGGCGUUCGUCACCGCUCAGAACCAGCUGACGUUGCCCUUUCUAGAGCGCUGCGAGGUGCGAGACCUGUUCAAGGAGCGCAUGACCGAGCUGUACGACUACCCCAAGUACAGCUGUCCCUUCAAGAGGGGGAGCAGGUACUUCCACUUCUACAACACAGGCCUCCAAAACCAGAGUGUGAUGUACGUGCAGGAGAACCUGGACGCUGAGCCCACAGUCUUCUUGGAUCCAAACACAUUUUCUGAUGAUGGGACCGUUGCCCUGCGAGGCUACGCGUUCUCUGAGGACGGGGAGUACUUGGCGUAUGGCACCAGUGCCAGCGGGUCAGACUGGGUGGAGAUCCGCUUCCUGCGGGUUGAAGACGCCGUGCCGCUGGAGGACCGCCUGGAGCGAGUCAAGUUUAGCUGCAUGUCGUGGACUCAUGACGGGAAGGGACUUUUCUACAACUCCUACCCCGACCAGGAGGGCAAGAGCGACGGCACUGAGACCUCCACCAACCUGCACCAGAAGCUGUACUUCCACGUUCUGGGCACUCCGCAGUCUGAGGACGUGCUGUGCGCCGAGUUCCCCGACCAUCCCAAGUGGAUGAGUGGAGCUGAGGUGUCAGAUGAUGGACGCUACGUGCUGCUGUCAAUCAGGGAAGGUUGUGAUCCCGUCAACAGACUGUGGUACUGUGACCUUGAGACCACUCCUCAGGGUAUUACAGGACUUUUGCCGUGGGUGAAGCUAAUCGACAACUUUGACGCCGAGUACGAGUACGUGACCAACGAGGGCACGCUGUUCACAUUCAAAACCAACCUGGACGCUCCGCGUUACCGCCUGAUCAACAUCGACUUUGCCUCUCCAGCUCAGAGCAACUGGAAGGAGCUCAUCCCUCAACAUGACAAGGACGUUAUCGUGUUCGCCACCUGUACGUACUCCAGCUACCUGUUUGUGUGUUUCCUCCACGACGUGAAGAACGUGUUGAAAAUGUACCGUCUGAGCUCGGGGGAAGAGCUGAGGACCUUCCCUCUUGACGUCGGCUCCGUGGUGGGUUUCACAGGACGGAAGAGGGACUCUGAGAUCUUCUACUAUUUCACCUCCUUCCUCUCCCCAGCCAUCAUUUACCACUGUGACCUGACUAAGGAGCCGCUGCAGCCGCACAUCUUCAGAGAAGUCACCGUCAAGGGCUUCAACCCCUCUGACUACCAGACCACCCAGAUCUUUUAUCCCUCCAAGGACGGCACUCAAAUCCCCAUGUUCAUCGUUCACAAGAAGGGCAUCAAACUGGACGGCUCCCAUCCGGGUUUCCUGUACGGCUACGGCGGUUUUAACAUCUCCAUCACGCCGAGCUACAGCGUCUCCAGGCUCAUCUUUGUCAGACAUCUGGGGGGAGUCCUGGCUGUCGCCAACAUCCGAGGAGGAGGAGAGUACGGGGAGACCUGGCACAAAGCUGGCAUGUUGGCCAACAAGCAGAACUGCUUCACUGACUUCCAGUGCGCAGCUGAGUAUCUCAUCAAGGAGGGAUACACUUCUCCCUCCAAGCUGACUAUAAACGGAGGCUCCAACGGUGGCCUGCUCGUAGCCGCCUGCGUGAACCAGCGGCCCGAGCUGUUCGGCUGCGCUGUGGCUCAGGUGGGCGUCAUGGACAUGCUCAAAUUCCACAAGUUCACCAUCGGUCACGCCUGGACCACGGACUUCGGAUGUUCUGAAGACAAAGAGCAGUUUGAUUGGCUCAUCAAAUACUCCCCGCUGCACAACAUCCGCAUCCCAGAGGGCAACGGGGUCCAGUACCCCGCUGUGCUCCUGUUGACAGGGGACCACGAUGACCGAGUGGUGCCUUUGCACUCCCUCAAGUACAUCGCCACCCUGCAGCACAUCGUCGGCCGCAGCCCCAAGCAGACGAACCCUCUGUUCAUCCUCGUGGACACAAAGUCAGGUCACGGCGCCGGCAAGCCCACCAGCAAGGUCAUCCAGGAGGUGGCCGACACCUACGCCUUUAUCGCUCGCUGUCUCAACAUCUCCUGGGUCAAAUAACCUGCUCCUGGCUUUAAAUGGUGUGUGUGUGUGUUUGCGUGGGUGUGUGUGUGUAUGAGUUUGUUUUUUGUUUUUUUUCUCUCAAAUCUUUUGAAAAGUCCAACUGUUCACACGUUCUUUCUAACGUUACACAAAGACUUAGAGGAUCUUUUAACUCAUGUUUACACAGCUACCGUAACUAUCUUUUGUUUGUUUGUUUGUUUUCCUCCCCCUUGCUCUCCCCCUGCACACAGUAUAUAAGCCAACAUGCAGCACUCACAGCUAACGUACCCUCUCCUUUGCAGGCCAUGUUUUUUACUCCUAACGAGUUAAAUGACUAUAUUAUCAGUGCCGGGUGUGCAAAGAGAUGAGACAUCUUCACGGUUACAGUAAUCAUUCAAUCAGCAGAUACAGUCAUGAGGUCAAAGUGGCAACAAAAAAAAAAAAAAAAGUGUGUUUGAAGAUCGAGUCCUCUGGGUGCUUCAACAUGAUGCAUAUUAUUUAUUUUUAGUUUGCGCUCAGAAUGGAGGCUGCGCGACGUCGAAUGAUAUCAGCAUGCACAAGUCUGGCAAAGCCGUUACAGUCGACAGUAUUGCUGUGGAUGUGGGACGUGUGUGAGUGAGUGAGUGGAAACUUGCAAAAAAAACAAAAAAAAAAACACUGCAGUGUGUGUGUGUGUGUGUGUGAAUGUAAUGUGUGAGUGUGUGUUUAAAAGUCAGUCCCCACAUUUCUUUCAGACUGAUAAAUGAUUUCUACCUCUUGACAUGUGCUGAUUGUUUACCUUUUUAAAAAAAGGGAACAAAACACAAUGCCACAAUUACAAUAAACAACUUUUUAAACAG